AUGACUACCAAACGACCGUACAAAAAGAGCACUUCGGGCUGUAGAACGUGCAAAAGGAGACGCGUUAAGUGCAACGAGAUCCGUCCACAAUGUGGGCAGUGCUCCAAGCAUGGCGUUGUGUGUGACUUCGCAGAUACCCCAACAUCUUCUUCUACCUCUUCUUCUACCUCUUCUUCUACCUCUUCUGCUACGUCUCCUUCUUCUACUCACACUCAAUCCUCACUGCUCGGGCCACUGUCUCAGCCCACAGCUAUCCACCCCCUUUAUGAUGACACUAUGUCUUCUCGGAUGAUGGAGCUUCGCCUCAUGCACCAUAGCACCGCUGUGGCGUGGUCAAUGUCGGGCUUGGGACAGGCCGCCAGGUGGAAAAUUUGGUCUGAAUACGUCCCCAUGCUCGCAUUCGAAGGUGGCCCGUCGAACCCUCUCCUUGAUCUAAUUCUCGCCAACUCGGCACUCCAUCUGCAAAUACUUAACCCAACGGAUCCAUCUUUCAAAUUAGUGUCAUCUCAAAAGUUUGCACAGGGUCUUGGGAAGAUGAAAGCCCUGCUCCCGCAAGUUAAUGAGGAGAACUCUCCAGCAGCUUUUGCUGCUAGCGCGCUGAUCUCACUACAUGUGUUGGUCUUUCGGCAAGAAAAGCUACCUGGGAGUCAGUUCCGACCGGCAAGUAAUUUCUUCCGGGCUGUGCACGGCACUAGAAGUAUCACGGUACAUUCUCGAAGCUGGAUUCAAAAUUCGAGGUUCAAGGCACUCCUUCUCGACGAACCCAAUCUUCUCGACGACCCUGUGACGUUUGCUGGCUGGGUCAUGGCCGAAGACUCUCCUUUCGCAGAACUCCUGUACGGACUAGAUGAUGAGCCAUUAGGGUGUAAGAAGGUCGCUACUUACAAAAUCACGGUCAGAUAUCUCAGUUGGGCUUUUACUUCUUAUCUUUCAGGCGAAGACCCGCACAUUUUCCGAAGAAAGGUCCUAGGAUUUCCCGUCGUUGCCCCGUCUUAUUUUGUAGACCUCCUAGAAGCUCACGAUCCACGAACAUUGGCUAUUACCGGACACUUCUUUGGCCUCAGCACGCUUUUGAACGACAUCUGGUGGUUUCAGGGCGUCGCUGACAGAGAGAUUCCUGGCAUGUUCAGUCUCAUGCCUCCGGAAUGGACAUGGGCCAUGUCGUGGCCACUUCAACAGAUCAACAAGACUCCGAAAACGAUACAGCAUCAAGCAAGCGGCCACUAUGUCAGUUUAGAACCACUAGUCGUCCCAAACAAACCAAAAACGUUGAUUGUGGGCUGCUUUUGA